GCGAGCCAAGACCAGAAAGAGGAGACCAUAAGGGUUACUGGUAACAUGAGAGUUCUGCUGAAAGAAAUGGAUAGGGAGAUUGAAGACGAUGGUGAAAAACAGCAAAUGGAGGAGCAAAUGAAGAAACUCUCGAAAGCAAAUGAAGGACUUGCGAACCAUAUUAGGGUGCUUUGGAAAAAGGUUACUGUUGUUGAUGAGAAUAUUGAGAGGUAUGGAGAAGAAAAUGACUGAGGUGAUGUAGGAAAACAGAUCGUACCAGAACCACAUAAAAGCUCUGAAGAAAUUGUUGGCGAAAGCAACUGCAGGAAACCUGACUUGCAAAGUAGUGAGCAGCAAGGUAAUCAACUACAGAUGGUACUGGUGUCGAUCGAGCAAGAUCAAGGGAGGGAACCUGAAUCUGAGGGGAACCAAGCCGAAUAUGAGCCUCAAACACCAGUCAAAGAAGAACCAAGGGCAGCGGAUCUAGUUGAUGCGGUUCCACUAUCUUGUAAGAGACCAGAAGAGGAAGUGUUUGAGGAUACAGCUGUGGACACACUAAAUGCGAUGGAAUCAGAAAAAAUAGAUCAACUUGUGUCGAAAACACUGGAAGCAGCUGAGACAGUUGAAAUGGCAGAGCCAGGAACAUAAAUGGCAGUAACGUCGGUCCCCAACGAGAAGAAAAGAGUUGCCAUGCAUUCAAUCGUGAGGAAUGUGAAAGAAUACAAGAGAAAGGCAGUUGUGAAGGACAAGGACGACGACUUUGAGUAUGACACACCGGAGAUCUUGAAGACUUAUGGAAAGAAAAGAAAGACUGCUGCACAGGAACAGCCAAAGCAGAAAAAGAAAGCAGAACCGAAGCCGGCAACGAAACUGCAGAAAGGGAAACAAGUGCAGCACCCAAUGCAAAUAAGAGAUGUGAAUUGUGAAAAGUACACAUGGAAAACAUUAAAGCCUGAAGUAGCAAAACACUACCAGCAAUUCUUUGAGAUGGUGGAUGACAAUACAUAUGUCUACUGGACAAGUGAAAAUGGAAUAAUAGGGGUAACCAGGGCAGACAUGAAGAUUAUCGUACAAGAGCAAGAUCUGGAUAUUGAUGUAAGCUAAAGCUGUUUGUUUUUAUUGGACCCCAAUAGACGUCUAUUGGGGGGCAAUAGGUGUUGUUCUUCACAUAUAUAAUACUAACUGAAAAUCAAAUUGAACAAUUACAGGUGGUUAAGGCUUAUACUGAAAUGUUGCAGAAGGAACUGAAAGAAAGGAAGACUCAGAUUGGAUUACUGAACAUCGAAGCAGCGUACUACGCAGUUUAACACGAAAAGAAACUAGAGGAUUUCAAAAAAGAAGGCAAGAACAUUCUUAAAGAUGACUUUAAAGGCCACAAGAUUGAAAUAGAGUUAUUCCUGAUUGAAGAACUGUGGAUUAACUUCAGCUACCCCAAGGUGCUUAUCCCAAUACACCAUUACUACAGCCAGCACUACACACUGCUUAUCAUCGACAAUGAAAAAAAAAGUUUGUUCACAUGAACUCUAUGCUGCCACCAAAAAAGGAAUGGACAAAAGAUAACCAAUAUUACAACAACACAAACUG